CAUGAGUUAGCCAAUGAGUUAGCCAAUUGGUUAGCGGAGUUAGCUAUAAAUAAUGUUAGCUAAUGUCAAAUACAUUUGCCAAAUGCCAAUUGCCAAAUGUAAAUAUUUUGAUGAAAAUUCACAAAACUGCAUUGUUGUUUGUUACUAAUAGAAAUUGCUCUGAAAAUUCAAAAACAAACGAAUAUAUUCCACUUUAACUAGAGAUAUUAAUAAGAUCAUUUAUUGAAGAGAUUUUGUGUCAUACUUAUAGGCAUUUAAUCGUUUCAUUAUAUUUAAUUGCAUUACAUUAUUACAGAGAUGAAUAACUCAGCGGCAAAGGUGGGUGAAAUUUUUACCGAGGCCGGUGCAGCUUUUAACCGACUUGCUGAAAUGACAAUGCUAUUACAUCCUCUAGCAGAACAAACCACUAGUUCCCAAACCAAAACACCAGUGAAACGGAAAGCUGCAGAUGAGAGACUACCAACUGCAGGGAGUUCAGGCCAGGUAACAUUGAACAUGCUCAAUGCACAGGAGACAGAAAUGGAUACUGAAGAAUUAGGUGGUGAUGUGAAAUUAGAAUUUGAAUCCAGCACUGAAGAAGUUCCUACUUAAAGAAUAUAAAUGUUGAAAUUUGUUUUAUUUUUGAUAUCUUCUGAAGUCCAGUUGAUUAGCAUAAGUAUUAUUUGAAGAAUGUAAAGAUUUUGCAUGUACAUGUUGAUAAUUUGUAUAUUAUUUUUUAAACAUGGACAUUUUAAACUGUGCCCAGUUCAAUUUAGUCAAUAUAAUUGUAGUUUUAGCUUUUACUUAGCAUCAUAAACUUACUGCUAUAAAUUGCUUUCAAGUAAGUGAUAGCUUUGAAUUGUCCUGUUCCAGGGAGAUGAUAAAGAUUCAUAAACUUUCUUGUGUGUAUCGGUAACAGUUUUUUCUAUAGCAGAAAGGACAUCAUUUCUUAUGUUAAGAGAAGUAAAUAAAUCAAAGUUUGCUCCAG